AAGUUAUCCACAUUCUAUAACCUCAAAACCUGGCUAGAGAUGUGGCAUAUUUCGGUAGCUCCCAUAAUAUGUCCAUAUAUUAGAGACGUAGCGGUGAAAACUGUUACCAGGUUACCACCCAAGCGAGAACAGUGGCGGCGGGGCGGGAGACAUGAUGAAGAUACCGGAUUUGUUUAUGGAUAAAGUGAACUAAGUGGACAUCGCUUUGAGACUCUACUAUUGAAAUAAAAAUGCCUUAGCCUACAGCUAACCAGUACUAUCUUGAAGUUGGAAGCAAGUUGGGUUGUUCUCCAUGCAGCACACCCACCAUGGGGUGAUUCUUGAUCAACUACGAUUCCUGAUAAUGAAUCCCUGAAGGAAUAACAAAUGGCUUAUUUCACUUCCAACGACAUCCAACGACAGUGGUACUAGGAGACAUUGGACCACGUCACUAAGUGCGGAGGUGGAUGUUUCUGUCAUGUGUGGGUGAGAGCAGUGCAGCCUUGGAUCCAUCGUGGAACCACAAUCCGCCCGGGCGGCCAGCCUUUGGGCCGGAGACGCUACACACAAGCAACUACUCCCUGGUUCUGUUCAUCCAGCUCAGCCUGCUUUCCUUUGACUUGUUCGUCAACUCCUUCAGCGAGCUGCUGAGGAAAGAGCCUGCUGUCCAGCUUGUGCUCUUCAUUAUACAGGACAUCUCCAUCCUGUUCAACCUGAUCAUCAUACUCUUGAUGCUGUUCAACACCUACGUGUUCCAGGUGGGCCUGGUAGCUCUACUGCUGGAUCGCUUCAGGGCCAUGCUGAUGUACUCCGCACUCUAUUUAACACUAAGCAUCAUUCUUCACUCCUGGAUCAUGAAUCUGCGUUGGCUGAACUCUAACCGAUUUAUUUGGACAGAUGGCCUACAGGCGCUCUUUGUCUUCCAGAGAGUUGUUGCCAUUUUGUACUACUACUUCUACAAGCGAACUACUGAGUACUUGGGGGACCCUCGACUCUACGAAGACUCAUCAUGGCUGCGGGAGGUCUUCGCUCGAGCCAGACAGUGAAUCCUUGAGGAAGGGGGGAAGGCCACCUUGUUCCAACUCUAGAGCUGCAAACAACACACUGGCUGGGAGGAAGUUAGCAGUGGAUAAUUUGCAAACUAUACACUGAGAUCGGAAAAGGUGAUUGAUAAGGAAGACCAUGGAGUGCAGUGGGCCAGAAAGAACUUGUUGCUCUUGUAGAUGCUGUUAUACUUGUUGACAUGCUGAGGAUUUAUGUCUCCACAGUACUCAACUUAUGGUAUACUUUAUUGUAAAUAUUAGAUAUAUGCCUAUUGGAAUUGUUUUAUACAGAUUGUAACACCAUUUGUAAUAUCUUGUUUCACGUUCGUUAAAUUGAUCAGUCAUUUCAUGGCUAGACUGGCCCCAUGCUACAUGAGCUAACUGUAUUGGUAUAAACUGACAAACUGUCCAAUCUCAUUCACACAUCAAGUCGUCUUUCAAUGAUGUCAGCAUGGACCACAUUUUGUAAUUUCCUUAAUAACUUUUCAUACUUUUGCCCAUUGUAAAACUAUCCCUUAAAAAUCUUUGCACUAAUAAGAAAAAUAGGCAUAAGUAGAAUUGUAAUUGUAUUUUUAUAAUUAUGUUUUUUCAAUUGGUGAUUGAUAUAUCCAGGUAUGUAAAGUAAUUAUCUAAUAUACACAAUAAAACAAAACACAGAAACUGAUUCUUGUUCUAAACUCAACAAAAGAAAAUGCUCAGGUUAAUCAAAUGUUCCUAAUAAAACAUAAAAUAAAAUAGAAUAUAAAUCUUAAGGCUCUGGAGGGAAGUGAACUGAAAUGUUAAAGCUAACAAAUUAACAUGCAUCCCACUCCUAUGUCUAAGUGUUUCACCAAUAAUUUAAUAAAUUAUAAAUUAUAUAGGCACGUCUACAUCUCGGUUUUCCACGUAUUGUGGCCCUGUUAAUUUCAAUAAAAUGAUGAUUAUGUAUUGUGUUUUGUUUUUUGACAUACCAGGUAUUGGACGGUUGGGUGUUUUCCUUCUGAACUGGGGUUUUACGUGUAUAUAACAUAUAAAGUGUGUUCAAAAGGCUGCAGUUUGUGUAAUAAAAGGGACAAGGAAGCUGUGUUUCAUA